AUGGCUCCUCCUGUUGCUUCAAGUAUAAAUUUCAAUGAUCAUCCAACGAUCAAAACAACUGAAGAUCCAUUGAUCAGUAAAUUAUCUUUAAGAGAAGAUAUAACUAUUCGUCACAAUGCUCCACCACCAACUUUAUAUGAAGAUGGUUUAUUAGAAAAAGGUACCACUAUUUCAUCUACUGGGGCUUUAAUGGCUUACUCAGGUAAAAAAACUGGUAGAUCACCAAAAGAUAAAAGAAUUGUUGACGAAGAAACCUCAUCUAAUCACAUUUGGUGGGGACCUGUUAAUAAACAAGUUGAUGAAUUAACUUGGAAAAUCUCCAGAUCUAGAGCUUUAGAUUACUUAAGAACUAGAGAAAAAUUAUUCGUCGUUGAUGCUUUCGCUGGUUGGGAUCCAAGAUACAGAAUUAAAGUCAGAAUUAUUUGUGCUAGAGCUUACCAUGCUUUAUUCAUGACUAAUAUGUUAAUCAGACCAACUGAAGAAGAAUUAAAGAAUUUCGGUGAACCAGAUUUCACUGUUUAUAACGCUGGUCAAUUCCCAGCUAAUGUUCACACUAAAGGUAUGACUUCAUCCACCUCAGUUGAAAUUAAUUUCAAAGAUAUGGAAAUGGUUAUCUUAGGUACUGAAUAUGCUGGUGAAAUGAAGAAAGGUAUUUUCACUGUUAUGUUUUACCUUAUGCCAAUUAAACAUCAAGUUUUAACUUUACAUUCAUCUGCUAAUCAAGGUAAUGAAAAAGGUGAUGUUACCUUAUUCUUUGGUUUAUCAGGUACUGGUAAAACCACUUUAUCAGCCGACCCAAAUAGAAAAUUAAUUGGUGAUGAUGAACAUUGUUGGUCAGACAAUGGUGUUUUCAACAUUGAAGGUGGUUGUUACGCUAAAUGUUUGGAUUUAUCAGCUGAAAAAGAACCAGAAAUUUUCAAUUCAAUCAAAUUCGGUUCAAUUUUAGAAAAUGUUGUUUAUGAUCCACUCACCAAAUUAGUUGAUUACAACGAUUCAUCAAUUACUGAAAACACUAGAUGUGCUUACCCAAUUGAUUUCAUUCCUUCAGCUAAAAUUCCAUGUUUGGCUGAUACUCACCCAACUAACAUUAUCUUAUUAACUUGUGAUGCUAGUGGUGUUUUACCUCCAGUUUCCAAAUUAACUAACGAACAAGUUAUGUAUCAUUUCAUCAGUGGUUACACUUCUAAAAUGGCUGGUACUGAAGAAGGUGUUACUGAACCUCAAGCUACUUUCUCUGCUUGUUUCGGUCAACCAUUCUUGGUUUUACAUCCAAUGAAAUAUGCUCAACAAUUAUCUGACAAAAUCAGUAAACAUAAUGCCAAUGCUUGGUUAUUAAACACUGGUUGGGUUGGUGCUAGUGCUGCCAGAGGUGGUAAGAGAUGUUCAUUAAAAUACACCAGAGCCAUCUUAGAUGCUAUCCAUUCAGGUGAAUUAAACAAAGUUGAAUAUGAACAAUUCCCAACAUUCAACUUAAACGUUCCAAAAUCAUGUCCAAAUGUUCCUUCAGAAAUCUUAAAUCCUACUAAAGCUUGGACUGAAGGUGAAGCCUCAUUUGCUAAGGAAAUAACUUCAUUAGCUGGUAAAUUCGUUGAAAAUUUCAAAAAAUAUGCUGAUCAAGCUACCACUGAAGUUAAAGCUGCUGGACCAACUGUUUAA